AUGUCCACCACAAAUUGCUGGAAAAAUUUGGCAUUUUUGAUAAGUUUAAUAUUUUUGGCCUAUCUUAUAUUUACUACGGAGAAUUUUUAUGAGACCACAAUUUCGAUGGCCAAAAAUUCGUAUGAGAAUUUUGGCGGGCAAGAGAAUUUGAGGAUUGCUAUUGUAAUUGUGAUUACUGCUGGCACUAAAGUCGAGAAUUAUGAAAUUGCGACUAGUGAGUUUUCUAGGCCCAUUUUUGGUCCGAAAAGGCCUUUUCUUCCAGAAUCCGUCCACUGUUACGCUAAAAUCCAAGGCUAUGAUUUCAUCCACGUUUUGGACAAUAAUUUUGGCUGCAAUCAUAAGGAUGUAAGUAUUUCCUCAAAAUUUUAAUUUUUUUUUCAAUUUUUACAAUUUUUUUUUAUUGUUAGAAAUUUUUCCGUCGACAUUGUGUAGCCGCCAAAAUUCUACCAAAAUACGAUGCAAUUUUAUUCCUCGACGCUGAUAUUGGAGUGGUAAAUCCAAAAAAGUUAGUUACGGAAACUUAGGACCUUUGAGGCUCAUAAAUUUUCCAGGAGAAUUGAGGAAUUUAUGGAUGAGGAUGUAGAUUUGACAUUUUAUGACAGAUUUUAUAAUUGGGAAAUUAUGGCAGGUUCUUAUAUUGCUAGAAAUACACCGUAUGCUGUGCAAAUGCUGGAGGGUAUGUCAAAAAACACCGUGCAAAGUUAAUUGGCAGACCACGGUGGUCUGCUUUUUAACUCGAAACAUCGUGCAAAGUUAAUUGGCAGACCACGGUGGUCUGCUUUUUAACUCGAAACAUCGUGCAAAGUUAAUUGGCAGACCACGGUGGUCUGCUUUUUAACUCGAAACAGCGUGCAAAGUUAAUUUGCAGACCACCGUGGUCUGCUUUUUAACUCAAAACACCGUGCAAAGUUAAUUUGCAGACCACCGUGGUCUGCUUUUUAACUCAAAACACUGUGAAAAGUUAAUUUGCAGACCACCGUGGUCUGCUUUUUAACUCAAAAAACUGUGAAAAGUUAAUUUGCAGACCACCGUGGUCUGCUUUUUAAUUCAAAAUGACAUGCGCGCUCUAUGGCAAACACAUAUUUUGCCUGUUUAAACUCAAAUUUUUCACAGAUUUCGCUGAUUAUGAAUACAAGUUGCCGAAAAGCUUUCAUGGAACUGAUAAUGGAGCACUUCAUGUGAGUUUUUGACUUGAAAAAAGCUGAAGCCCAAAACAUAUUGGAUUUUCAGAUUUUCCUGGCCAAAAAGCUUUUCCCACAUUCCAGCGUGGAAAUCGAGAACUGCGAAAAAAUCUACAAUAAAUCCGGGGGUUAUGAGGAUCUCUUCACCUACGAGGCUUGUAUUAGGCAAAUUUUGGGAGCCCAGGAAAAAAUGGGAAAAGUUCGGAUAUUCAAAAAAGGAACCGGAUGGGCGAGGGAUGUUUGGUUGAAUUCGGGAAUUUGGAACGGGGAGAGGGAUUUUAUGUUGCACGGGUGGAAAAUGAAUCAAUUGAAGAAAACGCCAAAUGGGACCAUUAUGUAGGUUGGAAUGAGCCAAGGCUCAAAAUUUGAAGAUUUUUGAGUAUUAUCAAAAUAAAAAAAUUUGGCAAAAAAACGGAGCCCAGAAAUUCAAAUGACACUCUUCUCAAGUACGGUGUUUCUUUCAGUCGCUGCGAGACCCAUAUGUGCGUCUUUGACUUUGUUUCUCUGCCCAAUGGUGUGGUCUCGAAACGGUGUUAGUGACGCAGAGGAAUACCGUACUUGGGGAAAUUGGGAUUUGAAUUUCUGGCUUCUCUUUUUUUGCCAAAUUUUUUUACUUUGAUAAUAUAAAUAUGCCCUAAACCCCCUUAAGUUCCCUAAGCCUCUUAAGAAAUCUCCUAAUUUUUAAGGACCACAACAAUGGGUUGGUCACAAUGGUACAACCCAUUCUUGGGACCUUUUGACGUUGAAAAAUGCUCACCCUCGAAUUCCACGUGGCAAUAUGAUUUAAGACUUAUCGGAACUCGUGAAAACAUUGAGGCAAAUCAUUUGGACUAUGAAAAACAGGUUGCGAUAAAGCAAAUCAAAAGUGGAGCAAGAAUGGCGGAAUUGUUGGUGCCGAAACUAGUUGAUGCAAAUGGGAAAUCAAAGACUGUGUGA